GAGCAUGUGCAGUCAAUCGAAAAUGUCAUUCAUGGCAGUGCAAUUUCGGAAGCGAAACAUGAUAUUGAUGAGCUGAAAGAGCAAAUCACGGAGCAUAAUGAGGAUCUGGAAGAACUGGAUUUGCUUGUGAAAGAUUUGAAAGAACCGAGAGGUGCGAAACUGCUUCGAGCACGUGUAAAUAAAAUGCUGAAGAAAGCAGACACAUUGCUACGUAAGCUUGAAGAAGAUCGCAAAGCUAUUAGCAAUAUUCCUGAAAGUAUUGCCGAGGAGGACAAAAAGAAAGAAAGGGAAAAACUCAUGCGAGUAGAAGAUCUCAUAAACAAAUUGCAGAAGGUGCAAAAUAUGAGCGAGAAAAACCAGGAAGAGUUCCGAAAGAUAUUGCAAGCGCUCGAUGAUGACAAUGAUGGUGUAAUUGAUGCUGACCUCGUUUUGCGCGCAUUGGAUUUAUUCGGCAGUCACAAAGAUCUUCGACUGACAACCGAACAGAUCAAAACAAUUGUGGAAAUGCUGAAGAAAGAAGAGCAGGUGGAAGCAAUGCAGGCUUUUAUUUCCGGAACUGUGCCGUAUCCUCCUAUCGAGGAUAAAAAAAUUCCCUCCACUGAUUUUUCGGCUGAUCUGACAAGAACUGUUGAGCAAAAGCUGAAGGAUUUGCCGCCACUAAAGCCCGAAGAUUUACCGCCACCAGGUUUGGGACCGAAGAAGCAGCCUCCGAAUGAAAAAUGUAUUUGA